UGACAAAGCGGCAUGUAUGCGCUCACUUGAAUUCUUUGCGAAGCGCCUUCAUCGCUUCUUUGGCGUGUGCCUCGCUGGAUGAAGCGCGCUCGCAGACCUCCAGAACAAGGGACCAGUCCUCAGAUGCUGUCGCUGUGAGAUAGCCUGUGCAUAGCUGAGUACACAAGCGAAGCGAGGACAGACAACGCACCUAUCAUUCUGGUGAGCUCCGCCUGUCCCUCUUCUUCUUUACGAUCCCGCUCGCGAUGCCGUCCCUUCUCUUUCUCGCGCUCCUUGUUCCGCUCACCUGUCCGCUCCCAAAAGCCCCUGCGCUCCUUCUUCUCCUCGCGGCUGCUCAGCUGGUCGCUGCCAAGUUGCUCGUCAGAGUGCUCUACGCGCAGUUGCGGGGCGUCAGGGUGGGGGUCUAGCGCUUUCAGGAUGCCGACCGCGGCUGCGGCACCCUGGCUACUGGGCUGCUUCUUCGUAGGCCUCUGGGUGCCCUCACGAUCGCUGCCCGCGGACUUGGGCGGAACCACUGGUGGGUGUCCGAACGGCGAGACCGCGCGCGGGGACUGGUGGCCGAGCAGGGGCGAGCUGCCUGUUUACGAGCGACUGUGAGCGGACAGCUGGGACGCGUUCGGGGGUCUGCAAACAU